CACAUUUAAUUUUGUCUUAUACAUAAACCCAUCUGUUUAUUUUUAUUGAAUUAUGAAUUAUUUAUAAAAAAAUGCCUUUAAUAAUUAUUUGCGGAACACCAGUCAGUGGCAAAACAACUCGAGCUAAAGAGUUAAAGGAUUUUUUUGAUAACAAACAUGGGAAACGUGUAGAAAUAAUAUCGGAAGACGAAGCUAUUACGAAGUUAGGUUAUGAGAAAAAUAAUGCUUAUUUAGACUCGCAAAAAGAGAAAAGGAUACGUGGUUACUUAAAAUCGGAAGUACUUAAACUGAUAGGGAAAGAUAAUGUCGUUAUAUUGGACGGCAGUAACUAUAUAAAAGGUUACCGUUAUGAACUGUACUGUGCUUCAAAAGCAUCAAAAUGCACUCAGUGUACAUUAUACACUAUCCGAAAUCAUGAGGAAGCCUGGGAGGAUAACCAGAAGCGAGUGAGCGAAACAGUUAAUACAGCGGAGAGAGAUGGAGAUAGUAAAGUGACGCCUUACACUGAAGAAGUUUUUGACGCUUUGUCAAGACUAAGGUUUGAAGAGCCAAAUUCCAAUAACAGAUGGGACAGUCCACUAUUCACUGUACAACCUACAGACACAUUAGACUUGGAUAGUAUAUACCAAGUGCUAUUCGAGAGGAAACCACCUCCUCCCAACAUGAGUACCCAAAAUCCUCCACUCAGCGCAACAAACUUUCUGUACGAACUGGACAAAGUGACUCAGUCGAUAUCAAAAUGUAUACUGGACGCGAAACAAUUGAACCAGGACGAGGUGAGGUUCCCCGAGUAUCCCGGCUGCGAGCUGGACGCCGGCUUCGUGCAGUCUGUCAACCCACAGAAGCUGCUCCGCCUUCGCAGGCAGUUCCUCACGUAUGCGAAAUCUAACCAUUCAAACGAAGAUGUAAAUAAAAUAGGCAGAUAUUUCGUACAAUAUUUGAAUAAAACGUUAAUUGAUUAAU